GGGGGAAAUCACUAUUUCACACAGGGCCAUGUAGGUUUGGAUUUUGUUUUCCCUUAAUAAUAACAACCUUCAUUUAAAAACUGCAUUUUGUGUUUACUUAUGUUAUUUUUGGUUAGUAUUUAAAUUGCAAACAUGCAAAAUAAGAAAUCAGGAAGGGGGCAAACACUUUUUCACACCACUGUAUAUGAGAGAGAGAGAGAGAGAGAGAGAGAGAGAGAGAGAGAAAGCGAGAGAAAGCGAGCUGCUGUUGUGAAGCAUGCUGUUGUCAGUGCGCGCACACACACACACACACACACACACACACACACACUCCAACGCUUGCUUGCCUCAUCAGCAGCAGAGUGGGCCGGCUUGCUGCUGCAAUUCUCUCCGUCUCUCUCUUUCCCUCCCCUCUACGCAUCUCUCCUUCUCCUAACCGAGACCUCCAGCUGCAUCAGGAGCCUGCAGAGCAGUGAGCAGGAUGGGGGCCGGUGCUAGCAGGCAGCAUGUUUAGUGCCACGCCACAACAGCCAGAAAAAAGAGCUUGAGACCACUACCUUCCAACAGCAGAGAACCAAUAAAGCACAAAGGGAAAAAAAACAGCUGGAGGAGGAGACGACGACAAGAGAAAGGGAGAGAUGACAGACCAACAUUAGAAAGGAUGAGAGCCCUGACCAUGCCUUCCUGCUCUGCCUCUCUGCUCUGUCUGCUCCUCCUACUGCUGUGUGGGCUGCUGGGAGGUUGGGUGCUAUCCAUCUGCCCCUCCGUGUGCUCCUGCAGCCGGGGACACCGCGUGGUGGACUGCUCCUCACGAGGCCUAACCAAGCUACCACCUGGCCUGCAGCACAACAUUCGCUUUCUCAACCUUUCUUUUAAUAGCUUGCAGGGUCUGGACAGCCAGCUCAGCCACUAUGCCCACCUGCGAACCCUGGACCUGUCCUACAACCGCCUGGAGAGCCUGCCCCCCGCCUUGCCGCGAUCUCUGUGGGACAUCCGAGCAGCAGGGAACCAUCUACGCUCGCUAGACAAAAACGACACGGCUUACCACUGGAACCUGAAAGUACUUGACCUGUCGGACAAUGAGCUGGAGAGAGUGGUCUUCAUCAACAACACACUGCCGAGUCUCCAAGCUCUCAACCUCAGUCACAACAGGUUUUGGACGGUGCCCACAAAUAUGCCGCACAACUUGGAGAGUAUUGAUUUGUCACAUAACUAUCUGGCGCAGAUCCUGCCUGGAUCGUUGGAUCGGCUGCCAAGGCUGGCUCAGUUCUAUUUGCAUGCUAAUCGCUUCUCCUGGUUGUCUGAAGGGAUCUUUGAUAAGCUGACAGGGCUGGAGGUGAUGACUCUUGAGGAUAACCCCUGGGCUUGUGAAGAAGAAGAAAACAUAACAAGGCUCCUGAGAUGGGCUGAGCAGACCCGUGCAACUGUCUUAGGCUGCCCCUGUUAUACGAGACCCAUCUGUGGGCAGACCCAUCUGGCAACACCAGGCAGGGAGUGGCACUCUGCGCUGUUCACAGAGCCACCACUCUGGGUUAAAAGCAGAGGUGAAGGGCAUGAUGGUCAAUCACCUGCAAGGACUGCAGACGUCACGUCUAGUUACCAAGUGAAAUCUGCACUUUUCGAGACAGGAAUAUAUCAGGAAAAAAGAGGAGCGAAUGAAUCUGGGGACCAUAUGGUGUUUGUCUGGACGUCUUCCACAAGUUUUGACAGUUUCUCCACACACACAAGCACAGCAAGCCCACGGUCUUCAACGCAGAAGCCCAAAGUAGCUAACUCACGGAAUAAAUGUCACGGACUCCUUGUCGAGACCCAACAAACUUUCACGCUGACUAUUUUAGUCAUGACGACAGCAUUCAACACCUUCUGAACCACCUUGACUGGAUACAGAAUACACUAUUUAUCGGAUUAUUUUGGACAGUGAAUGUACGACCAAGUAACUCCACUUAUCACCUCCAUUUUCAUUUCCCUUGUAAAACUGUUGUGACUGUUACUGCCUCCUGUCACUAUCAUCAUGUUCACUAGCUCAAAAUGUACAACAUGACAAUGUCUCUCAAAAUCCUGUACACAAAAGAUGAACUGUAUAAACCUACAAAACUACUCAAAAUAUCUGAAUAUGUGGUUCAACAGGAGUGCUAAUGUUAAUGCUCAACUCUCAGUAUAAUGCUUGCACGCUGACAGAGUGCUAUGCUCUAUGCUUUCUUCAUAAUAGUGAUGCUUGUGCUACAUUUGGUCCUGGUGAACAUUCCAUAGCUGCUAUUUGCACACCUGGCUCACUCUGUCAUUGAGUAGUGAGGAGCCCAAUUAGAAAAAAUUAAGGGCUAAUUAAAUGAAAAAAUUAAAAAAGGAAAAACAGAGGAAUUCAUAUGGUAGUUACAGGCGUUCCUGUCGGCAGUGGAAAUGUAAUUAAAAAAAAAACUAAUUCCAUGAAUUACAACAGUACAAUGCAGUGAAUCCAUUAUGAUGUAAUACAAUAUGCAACAAAAUAAACUCCAAGAAGAAAAAACCAAAGCACAAGAAACAAAUACUCAUGUUGAAAAGACAGCCCAUCAAAAUUUCAGCAAAGUCAAGAACUGUUUUGCAUUCCUGUCAAAGAUACUCCAGAAAAAGUUUGAGAUCAAAUUAUUUUUGUCAUAUUUAGUAAGUUGUGACUGUGUUUCGUAAUCAGAAUGUUGGUGCAGCUUUUUUUUUUUUACUCUAAGGCAUUUUAUUCAGUGUAUUCAAAAGGGGGCAGACAAUAUAUUUAGCAUUCCGUUACCCUACCUGAAAAAAAAAAUAAAAAAUCGCCCCUCCUGCAUGGCUCCUGGCAGCGCUGUCAGCUGCAGUGGCAACUUUGCAACUGUUGCAUUACUAAAAUUGUGUUUCAAAUCAUCCCGUAGAUUUCCAGAUGGACUGUUGCCUUUUCCAAGAUUCAGUUAAACUUCACUGCAAAUAAAAAACAUCUGAAUAAAAACAGGUUGACACUAGGUCAUUUAUGGACCGACUGAUUAGCCUUUUACAAAACUAAAUAAAGACGAACCUAAUGCUAAUGAAAAAUGAUGUAUUUUUCUAACCUACACUUUAUGGAAAGAUUUUUCAAAGGCUUUUCAAGAUCCAAAAAGGUAGUAUAAAAUAUAGGAUCCGAACUCAUGGUACAGGUGUUCACUACUGCAAAUGCAUUAUAUGUAGUACUAAGUACCAUGUUGAUCAGCCAAACCGAGCCAAGCCUAACCCUUUAUAAAGGUUCUUUCUCUGAGGCCCUAUCAUAGCCCUCCUGGGCACACUUGUCUGCAUCUUUGUUGAGUACAGAUGGACCAAAAUUUCAAGUCAAUUUUAUUUAUAUAGCCCAAUAUCACAAAUGACAAUUUGCCUCAAGGGGAUUUGAAUGUCUAGUGUGUACCCAAACAGAAAACAUAAUACAAAAAAUUAUAUUAGUGGUAAUUAACAGAUGAAUACAUUUCCCUGCUUUGUACUGAAAGCUUAAUGUCAAUUGUGAUUUCCAGCCAUUACAGUGGAGUUUCACUGCUUCUGCUUUGCUAGAGGUAAAUUUAAUAAGAAUUAAUUUAAGAAUUCACACAACAUCAGACUGAAAGUUGUAUUUGUUUGAAACAGAAACUGUUGGGUGGUUAGUGCAACCACUGUUGAUAGGUGUGUCAACAUCCCUGAAAUUUCAAAUAUUGCACCACGGGUAUAGUUCAUCAAACUGGUACGGCUAGUAAAAGUCCUUCGAAUAGACACAUAGUCGCUCUCUUUCUUGAAUGAUCAAAAAGCACAACCACAUUAACAAACUGUCAGCUUAGACAAAACAAAGUUGGCCAUAUGUGCUGAAGACUAUUUUAAGACAACCCUACUACGUGACAUAAAAAACAGACAUGUCAUGCAAUGUGAUUUUUGAUGAAACUACAAAUUUACUUUGUCAAUAAAAAUCCCAACUCAAGGUAUUUUGGUUUGGUUUUCAAUUCAAUUCAAUAUUCUUUAUUGGCAUGAGUGUAUUAAAGACAAUAUUGCCAAAGUGUCAAGUAAUAAUGAGAUUAAAAGAAAAACAAAAAAGUACAACGAAUAAAAUCAGGAAAAUAGCCGAAAAAAGAAAAGGAAAAAAAAGAAAGAAAAAAAGCUCUCCUUUCUCUCUCCUGUGCGACAAACUACAGUGCAAACAUUUGGCUGCAUAUGCCAGUAAAAAUUAGAGUGUGAGAAUACGAAAAA